AUGGAGAACGAGUACAGUGGGGAAGAAAACCCAGGAAACUUAUCAGUUAGAAUUUUAAAUAGAAAAAUUUGGGAAGACUUCUCUGCACUUUCAACUGAGAUGAUUUUAACGAAGAAUGGACGGAAAUUAUUUCCGAGACUGCAGUAUGGAAUUACUGGUCUGGAACCCGAAAGACGCUAUUUGAUAGAGCUUCAGUUUCACCUCGUCGACAACAAGAAGUACAAAUUCAAAGGGGACGCGUGGAUGGAAACCGAAUGUUUUGAAUCAGACUCUUCAUUACCGACGGUAUUACACCCAGAUGGGUGGCAGAAUGGCAGUAUAUGGAUGCAAUAUGGGAUCAAAUUUGAUCACAUCAAAAUUACAAACACUGUUGGUUCACAAGAAAAUGUGCUACUGCAGUCGAUGAGGAAGUAUCAACCAGUAAUUGCAGUCUAUACUCUAAAGGAUUAUACAGAGCAACUGAACAGCAAUAGCAGUUUUUACGUACCGCAGGAACGGGUUUUCAAGAUUUUUGAAUUUUAUAGUCCAAUCCAGCAGUUUAUAGCCGUCACAGCGUAUCAAAACUUUAGAAUAACCGCUCUAAAGAUAACCAGUAAUCCUUAUGCUAAGGGUUUCCGUAAUGGACCAACUAAAAGAAAGAGUUCACUUUCAAGUACAGGAUCUACACCAUCACCAGAUGUUAAAAGAAAUCCAGGUUUUGAUGGUAUUCCAGCUGAAGCAUUUUUCAUUUCGAAUUGUGGGUUACACUUUGGUCAAAGGACCAAUGAGCAAUGGCCCCAGUAUCAGUCGGAUUAUGUUCAACCCGCUCCCUCCCAAUUUAACAUGCCGUCGCUGGCUCCGCAGUUUCCCUACCAACAACUACCAACGAAAACGGAUGAGGAAUAUAACACGUGUACGCUAGGUUACUCGCCAUGGAAAUAUAAUACUAAUAGUAGGGAUUGCAAACUGGAAAAUUCAAACUCACCAUUCGCUUACCCACAGUUUUAA